GGCUUCUUAGUUGACGCUGUUGUUAUCCGCCGUGGCAUUGCGGAGCCAGAUUGGGCCGGUCUGCGCUAUUUUCCCAGGCUCGGGCUGCGCCAUGGCGCCUUCCAGCCUCGCUGACCUAGUGCGUCUGCUUGCGGGCGGACUGCUUCACCUUCUUCUCUCGUCCGACUCGCGGCCCCAGCGGGCUUGUUAGUACUGGGGUGGAUCCAGUCCGGGGCUGCGGGCGGCCCGAGCCAGUCUGCAUGGAAGCUUGUGGAGAUGCUUUGCUAGUUUCAACUUCAGCGGCAGAAUGAUCCUUUUUUGACAUCUGUUUCAUCAUAACUUGUGGUAACGGGAACCUUGUUCUGGAUUUCCAUAUAGCCAGGAGCUGCAGUCAUGGCUUCAAGACGAACUGAUGUUCCUGCUAUUGAGCAUGGCUCUGGAGGGCUUUUGGGAAAGAUGUCCCAGCCAAUUGGAAUCUACCGUCGGGCAUUUAGUUAUGAUGAUGCCCUGGAGGAUACAGCACCAAUGACUCCUCCUCCUUCAAAUAUGUCCUCCAAUAUCCUAUGGAAACAGCCAAUCAUCCCAGAACGCAAAUAUGAGGAACUUUCCAAGGUUGAGGAAGGGGAGACUAACAUGUAUCCAUCUGCCAUAAUAUCCUCAUCAUCCACUGAGACUGUGAACAAGGUUCCAGUGGUGAAGACCAAGGCCACCCACAUCCUCAUGAAUUCUCUCAUUACAAAACAAACUCAGGAGAGCAUUCAACGCUUUGAGCAGCAGGCAGGGCUGAGAGAUGCCGGAUAUACUCCCCACAAGGGCCUCGCUGCAGAGGAGACAAAAUACCAUCGUGUGGCUGAGUCACUCCAUAAUUUAAAGAUGCAAAGUGGAGAAAUGUCAAAAGAAGAUAAACAGGCCUCUUCUGCCCAAUCCACUCCAAGCAGCACUCCCCAUUCCUCUCCCAAGCGCACAUACAGGGGCUGGUUUAGUCAGGGAACCUCAACUUCCAUCACUGGUCCAGAUUUUCCUUCCAUGGAUUCCAGCAGUGGGGACAGUGAUAAAGUACCAUCUGAAAAAUGGAGCUUGUUUGGACCUAGAGCUCUCCAGAAAUCCACCACUGAAUCAGGGGGCUUUACCAUCCAGGCCUAUAAGGGCGCCCAGAAGCCAUCCCCCAUGGAGCUAAUGCGUGCCCAGGCCACCAGGAUGGCAGAGGACUCCACAGCAUUCAAGCCCCCCAAGAUGGACAUUCCCGUUAUGGAAGAAAAAAGACGAUCACCACGUUCUCAUAACCUCAAACCACGGGACCUGAAUGUGCUUACCCCCACUGGGUUCUAGGAACAUCUCAACUGAAAAGACAGGAGGAUGUUGUUAAUAUUUAAUAAUGGACUAAAUGGUCGUAGGUUGUCUUUCCCAUUCAUUUCAUAAACGAUUGAUAUAGGCAAGUCUCGCUCUUAGUUCAGCAUUGUAGAUGGUGAUGAACCAAGAUCUGGGCAACUUUCUGUACGUAUGGUUUUUUCCUUCUUGGAGGUCUUUUAUACACCACCAAAUCACAACCAUCCUGCUUCUGAAUUUCUGCCAUCCAAGCCUUGUGCUUCUUUGUAUAGUCAAAUUGUGUGUGUACGCACACAAAGGGAAACUAUCAAUCUGGAAUUUUUUUUGGCUUGAUACCUGGGCUGCUGUUGGCUAUGGCAUAGACAUCUGCUUAUCCACCUGAGAUUACUGAGGAACAGCAUAUUACUUUGAGUCUAAAUAAUUAAUUUCAACAUUUUAGGGGAAUUUAGUAUUAACUGAAGUCUAUUCUAUCAAGAGUUGUUCCUGGAUGAAUUCAGUAGCCUGCUUCAAACUUGGACUUACCGGUUGGCUGUUUCCACUUGUAAGAGAUCAGUGUUUUGAGAUACUUAAUUGUAAAAAGAAAUGGUCAUUUUUCAUAGUGAAACAUGACUAUUCUGUGUCUGGUGUGAAGUACGUGCUUUAUUCUUUAUUCUUAACUUCAGAUGAUUCAGCACAGCCUGUCAUAUUUGGGCAAUAGCCCCAUGACCAAGUCCUUUCAUUCCUGGCAUAGUAACAAUCUCUUUGCUUUCUAAACAAAAAGGGAAAUGUGGCAAUUUGUCCUUGGGGCUUUAGGAAUUCCUAGUGGCGUUAGUUGGGAGAAGCAUGGAAAAUGGGAAUAAAGUUUUUGGAAAAGGGGACAUUGACCACUCUUUUAUGCUAUCAUGGCAGGUAGAAGGAUCCAAAGUGAAGAUAAUUUUGUGAUAGCAUGGGGAACUUUGAAUUCAGAUGCUCACUUUGUGUGAACAUUCCUAGUAACAGUUGAUGCAAAUCUUUUCUUUUUUUGGUCAACUCUUAGCCACUGGUUGGUUUUACAGCGGUGAGAUGGCAACUUUAGUGUAUCAGUUAAACUUUUGUGUAAUAGCAUGUUUUACUGAGACCUCCUCACUAACUUCUCUUAUGCCUCAAAGAGGGUCUGCAUCUUAUCUAAAUCCAAAUACGCUUUUUACAAGAUGUGGGUGGUGAUGUAGCAAAGUGGCUUAGUGAUGUCUCACCUAGCUUCAUCUCUCAUUCCCCCACUAGAAUGGCAACAUCUGUGUUUGCUUGAUAGCAUCCUGGCUUUGUCUACUCUGUUGGUGAUUGCCAUCACUGCUUGUACACAGUAAACAAUUUUUUUGUUGGUGUUUAA